AUGGUAAAGACUACAUCUCAGAAAGAGUAUAACUUAAAAAUUUUCACUAUUUCCCAUCCCCUUGAAUAUGAUGGGGAUCCUGAUCCCAUUGUUAAUACUAAUUGGAUAUCUGAGAUUGAGGGUGCUUUCAGAAUUACUAAAUGCCUUCCCGAGUUAAAGACGAUCUAUGGUGCAAGUAGGUUAAGAGGGGGUGCUAAGCGGUGGUGGGAUGAACAAAUCAGAGUUAAAGAAUUCUAUAAGUCUUUCCGUCCUGAAGCAAAAAUUGCUAAACUUCGCGCUGAGUUCUCAACUACACCUCAAGGGUCAUUAGACUUGAAUUCUUUUAAAAAUCAGUUUUUGGAUAAAGUUCAAUUCUUCCCAGAGUAUCUCAAUAGUGAUGAUUUGCUUAAAGAACAUUUUCAUAGGCUUCUCCGUACAGAUCUGCGAAAAUGCAUUAGUCUUGUGCAGAUGAAGUCUUUUACUGAGCUAUACAAUGUUUCUAGAGGUUUCAAAGUAGAGGAUACUAGGACGGAAAAUCUUCCACAAAAGAGGAAAAUUGAGUUAUUUCAAACGUCUAGUAAAAAGGUUGAUGGAAACGGUACUUCUGGAGGCGGUGAGGAAUGGAGUAGUGAUUCCUCUCCGUGUCAUACUGGUGGGAAAAUGCAUUUAAGUGAAUGUUGGGCUGAUGUGAGAAAUUGUUAUAGGUGUGGAAAACAAGGACAUUUUAUGAAGGGUUGUACAUCUUAG